CAGGACGGAAUAAUAGCAUAUAUUUAUCAGCACAAAUGUCAACAAGUAUGCGUGGUAGAGAGAGAAAACCACUGUGGCGCCACCUGCACAAGGUUUGACACUGACAAAGCAAAAAAAAAGCGCUUUCAGCAGCUAAACAAAUAGGAAUCUUACUCUCGACAGAAAUGAGAGGUGAUCUUGCAGCUCUUAAGCUUACUGUCUCUCUCUCGUUCUGAAUGAUCUCCCACAGACAAAAACUCCACAUUCUGAGAGUUCAGAAAGGGGCCUCCAUGCUGGAUAGUGAUUACCGUAAGAUUUAUGCUGGACACCGAAACCAUCUCAGAGAGGCAACUAUGCCAGACUCACCCACAGAUGCCGCAGCCCACCCCGCUAAUGGCCCAAUAGUGACAUCCCCUGUACCUGUGUCGUCUGCACCGGUAGUAGCAGAUGUGAGGUCCUUGAACAACGCUACUUCGCCAAUAGUGAACGGUGUGCAUUCCAGCCCCACGGGACCGGCAUCGCCCACAGGUCUUGGCAAUACAGCCAAUCAGUUACCGCCAGCAUGUGGGGCAAGACAGCUCAGUAAACUAAAGAGAUUUCUCACCACACUGAUGCAAUUCGGGUCUGAUAUCUCUCCUGAGAUUGGUGAACGCGUGCGAGGCCUGGUUAUGAAUCUUGUGAAUUCUACAAUAUCUAUAGAGGAGUUCCAUGGGCAACUACAAGAAGCAACUAACUUCCCUCUCAGACCAUUUGUCAUCCCAUUCCUAAAGGCAAAUUUACCACUAUUGCAGCGAGAGUUAUUACAAUGUGCUCAGAUGGCCAAACAAACUCCACAGCAAUACCUCCACCAGCAUGAGCAAAUCUUACAUGAAAGAGAGGAGCCCCCCAUGGACCCUGAAGAGCUGGCGCCCAUGGAAGUGAAUGAAAACGGAAAAAGGAAAGCUCCAUCUGAGGGACUACGACCGCAGGACAUGGUAAACAGACCGAAGGAAAAUGGAGCUGAUUUGUCAAUGAUGAUGGGUGAUCUUGGUAAACCAUCACCAAAGAGACCCUGCCUCAGCUCUAUGAGCGGCAAUCCAGGGCUUCACAAGGCAGGUCAGCUAAGAAUGGAGGACCUAACAAUGGCUCAAGCAGGCAGUUCUCGUGGGGAUGACCCACUCAUGCCAGACACCCUCUUAGAUGGCAAGCAUGAAGCGAUCAUUGAUGACUGGAGACAUGUCGAUACAAUGCUGCAGUGCAUCAUAGGGAUGGUGGACAAGACCAAGCGGGCGGUGUCGGUGCUUCAGCAGCGCUGUCAACAGGACCGCGAGGAGUUGCUUACUUGGGCCAGGAAAUCUGCUGAUGAGACGGAGACGGAAAUCAAGAGACGAGUCGGCGACCUUGUGGGUAAAUCAAUGAAACAAACCGAAGAGCGUGUGAACGAGGUUAAGCGACGUGCCGAGGAGGCGGUCAGCGAGGUCAAGCGACAAGCUGUUGUCGAGCUCCAGAAGGCUGUGCGCGCCGCGGAAGAAAAAGCCAAUGAGGCCGUAGCUGGUGCGCAUGCGAAAAUGGAGAAGGCCGUACUGGAGGCGCGCCGGCAAGCUAUCGAAGAAACGAACGCGCAGCAGAAUGUGCAGACGGAUUCUAACGAGAGCUGCUGGAACUGCGGGCGCAAGGCCACCGAGACUUGCAGCGGGUGCAACGUGGCGCGCUACUGCGGCUCCUUCUGCCAACACAAGGACUGGGAGAACCACCACCACAUCUGCGGACAACAAAGCAAUACCGCUAACGAAGACAACGCCUCGGCUAAUGGGUCUGCACCAUCCCCUAAAGCGUCCAGUACCCGGUCUAACAGUCCCGCCACCUCACGACACUCAGCCACGCCCACUUCGUCCGACCCUAUCACCUCGCUCAGCGAUUACGUUAUGAAAACGCCUUCCACAUAGGCCUAGCGGAUGUGACGUGAUGUCGUUAAUGAUAAUGUUAAAUGAGGAUAGACACCCGAGGAGCUGAAUGCUGUUUGCGGAUGAAAAUAGUGUUGGGCAAUCAGGGAGAAAGUGGUUAUUGAUCAGCGUUUCACAGAUUUCACCCAGCGGUUGUCUUAUUUUAAUUAAUGGACGAUGAACAUGGAAUUUCACGUCACCUCAGAAAGAAAAGGGACGGAAGACGAGGCUAAAGUAUUCUGAGUACCAGGUUAAAAAUAAUUGUGCCGUCCGCUAAAUGUGCAUUUCCUGAAUGACGAAUAUGCACAGAAACAGACCAAUCAAAUUCAUCGUGAGAAUGUGAUGGGAUCGCCUAUUGCUGGAACCAAACUACGCUGGCAUUGAAUAUGGAAAAUAACAGGGCGGGUUCGUCUUACAAAUCCUCGGGGCCAUGCCCAAUGGCGUAAAUGGGAAACUCUUACAAAAUGGAGUAAACUUGUAAUGUUAUGGAGACACUUAUGCAAUAAUAUACCUACGUACAAUAAAAGGCUCAGUGUUUGGAUGAGACCCUUAUAUUACUCUAGUUGCCGACUCAUCAAUGUUGCGGUCACGUGGCAAACCCUUUGGACGCCAAAAGCACAAGGAAACCAAGCAGAUAUUUAGCCGGAUAUGACUUUACAUGUUACACGUCUUCAUGAGUACAUAAAGGGUGUCUGAUAUGACGUCACUUGUGCCAAGUCUCCCUGAGAGCAUAUAUGGGGUAUGUAAGUGCAGGAUGUGACGUCACAUGGCGGAGGAUAUAAACUUAUUUUGUUCUGAUAAACAAUUAUACCCGCAGCAGUCGUUGCUUAGCAAAGGGGUACCUAUAGCAAAAACAUUUCACGUGGCCAACCUAUUUAGAAGUCUCAUAUCGGCUGAGGCAUGAUAUAGCAAUCUACCAUGUAAGCUUGUGGAUGCCAAGCUAAGGGCGCGUUUUUUUACUCGUGAAUCCAGAAUAAGAAUGAUUAGAAUAGAAAAAGCGUGCGUUCGUUUAUCCCGCACUCCUAUUCCGGCUACCUGUAGCAGAAUAACUCGAAUGCCAUUCUGAACAUUCUCUUCCAACCAUUUCCAUUCCAGAAUGAUAGGGGAAAAAAACGCGCCCUAAGACACACUCUCUUCCAAGCACACAGAAAACAUGUCGUUUAUAUAUUUUUUAUUCUUUCAAGGCCUUUUUCUGACCCGGCUUAUUAGCUAAGGGGUACUCUCCAUUUCAGGGCUUUCUUUGUUGGUCUGUCCUCCUAACCUAAACUUGUUUCCAAUAUAACCGCCCUGAUUAUAUAAACUUUUAAAAUGUUUUGAGUCGAUCGGGGUGAAUGAAAACAUCUGUGCGUUGUUUUGUGUGAUUCGGGCGAUCAGGGAGAUUAUAUGGAAACCAUUCGUAACAAGAGAAACGAUCGACAUAGAAGGCGAAGAAUGGUAUUGUAAGAACUUGGACAGGGAACUUGAAAAUCUCAACUGGGCUCUUUAGGGUGUGAAGACGUCGGCCAGUGUUUAACACAGCACGAAAAACCAUUUGAUCUUUGAAGCACCAGGGGGGUGGAGAGGAUUGAAUUAUUUUAGCCGCAGCAGCUGUGGUAACUCUCGGGAUUUUUUUUCGUAAGGAUCUUAUAUACUAGAAAUACCUUCCUCUUGUCAAAGAUUAAAUGGUUUCUCCCUAAUUAGUUUGUAAAUAUGAAUCUUAACAUUGUAUAGACUUUAAAAAGACUGUAAACUUUUGCUUUUAAGUCAGGGGUUUGGGUGUCGCGACCAGCUUCGGCCAUGGGGAAGCCAAGGUACCCGCUUAAUCAGUGUUUAUUCAAUCCAUUCUAUUCUGCAAAACAAAUGUCGCUCCAAAACAUAUUUUGGUUAUUUGAAGCUCAGUGUAAACAAAUAGGGGGCUUGCGCUAAGAGAUCACGUGACAUUUCUGGGUGGCAAAUUCGAACCAAAAUAAUCACAUGGAUGACUGAGCCCGUCAGACCAGAGAACGAGAAAAAAAUAAAUUCUUUAAAUGAAACUAAACCCUUGUGUUAGUACUUAAUAAGUUGCUUUUUGUUGCUGUCAUUUUGCCUCUAAAAGCCUAAGCGCGCGCUAGUUUGUCUCCCAAACAGUCACGUGAUCUCAGCGCAAGUCUGGCAGGGCCCUCUCCCCUUACUCAGGGAGGGUACCUUUGGGCGUACUCUGACAUACUAAGGUGCAGUCAGUAUAAAGGUGUCAUAAUUUGAUUUUUUUUUUUUUUUUUGCUUCUAGCAGCAAAAGCAUGAAUGCUAUAUUUUGUAAUAAUUUACGAAGUUAUAACCAGCUUAGAACUGCUAUGUACAUAAUAGAUAUACGAACAAGAAAUAAAGCGCUUUCAAUACGUAA